AUGGAGUUCUUACUCAGAUUUGCCACGUAUACACCCAGAAUCGUGCGUCGGCGAUGUGGAUGUCCUAUCGCAGCUCAGGCCACAGAAGCAGUCAGAGAACGGUUACGUGCGGAACAUGUGAAAGAAGAAUUAAAGGGAUGUACUUUCCGACCCAAAAUUCUUCACAGUCGGAUAUCGACGGCAACGUGCUCUUCUGCUCGUGGCGUGUCGGACUCUCUCGCUUGCUGGGCGUCGUUAUCAAAGUACAUUCUCCCAGAGUAUCAGAAACACGACACGAAGGAGCCUCUGCCACCUGGUAGUGAAACCACAUCGCAAGGAAAUGGGCAGAAAAAGCGAGCAUGGAGCUGUGAGGAGCGGCGGAGAAUUAGCCGAGGGGAAGUUUUAUAUCUGGAAGGAAAGCGGCAGCUGGAGACUCAGCAGCAAACGUUCGAGCACAUUCGUGCACUCAGAAGAGAAGCAGAGCUCCAAGAAUGCACAUUCGCUCCUGCCGUUCACAGUCCAUCUAAACCGACUGUGGGUGGAGCUGCUGUAAAGCCUGCAGGCUUCGACUCGUCCGUCGCGAGAGUACGCCAGGCGACAGAGCGACGCGAAGAACGGCUGAAACUUCAGGAAAUCAGGGACCCCUCAAUCCCUGCCAGAGCAGGACGGGUACAUCGGCGGAACACUCUACCACAGCCAUUUAGUUUCGAAGAGGGCCGAUACAAAGUGAAGCUCGCUCCGGAGGUGUUUACAAUGACUGUAGAGAUCGGAAGAGGUCGAAGGGGCAAAAUGUCGAUUCGCGAAGGAGAAGAUCCUAGACUGGUAGCACGCAGCUUUUGCAAGACGUACAGUCUGCAAGGGGACGAGGCUGAGUGGAUCACAGGCGUUCUCUUACAAGAAAUGUCACAUCGAAAUCUGCUAGCUUUCACUUCUGUGGGGCCGGACCACUUCGCUUCGCCGGUGGCGAGGAAUCCCACUCGGGCAGGGUCUCCCGGCCGAGAUUCGUCUCGCGUGCGUAUCGUUCCCGCGUGCCCGCCACAGAGCCCGCUCGAAGGCGGGAAAGUUGCUCUCGAAGAUCUUGACCAGCCCUUCCCUAGUCUCCAGAUUAACCACUCAACAGCGACCGUGGAAGGUCCCGCUGUAGGGCUGCAGUCGCUGCCUGGCGUUCCCCGACGGGUCCAGCGAAUCCCAGAGAAGCCAGACACUGCCACUUCGGAGGCGAGGAGCGAGCAGACCGGCAAAAGCUCCGUUCCUUCGUUUGUCUCGCGUUCUUUGUCUGGUGACCUGCUCGCACCGACGCUGAUCUCUUCCAUGAAACCGUCACCUAGUCCCAGACAAAAAGCACCUCCCAACCGUGUGCUUGUCGGGAGUGGAACGUGUACCCCGAUCCUGAGUGCACGUAAACCGCCGUCGCGGUAUGCUCUGGAAGAAGACACCAGGUCGCAGACUCAGAAAGGAAAGUUUUUCAUGAAAACAACUUCUGAUGGCGGGAAGAGUAAGGGGGAAACGAGCGCCGUACCCGCCAGAGAAGUGGAACGGCGAAUUCGGCGGGGUCGUGGAGGUGACGGACGCGCUGCUGAGAGGGUGUCAGAGUUUCAAGGACGAGACGGCAAACUAACUGAGAAUUCGCUCUUCCCACCAAACAAUGUGCCCGUCUCUGCUCUACCAUCGAUGGAUCUAAGUCGCCCGCUGCACGGUUCAACUUACCCCACCAGCCUAGUGGACGAGGAUUACGUUCGAAGCGGCUCUCCUACAUUGUAUUCCGUAGUUGACAGUGAACCCACUGAAUCUACCUCCUUUGUUUCCCCUGUCGUUGGGAACCGAUGCAGCUGA